AUGAUUCAUUUAUACCGUAUAUUAAUUGCAAAUUUUUUUUUUGCGUCUCAUUUUAGGUUUUAUAUACAUUCUCACGUUUGGAAAUCUGUUGCAAUUGAAUCAGUCAGGAAAUUGAUCUUAGAUUGUUUUAGGUCCCGUGCGAGGGCUACAGUGAAGAGAUAUAUUAAAGAAAUUGUUUUGUUCCUGCAAUUCCAAUCUCAGAGAGGGUUAUCGGGUGUAUUGCCUGCCACAAUAGUGCAUUUGUGUUUGUAUUUGUCGUUUCUCUUAGGUAAACAAAAUGUCAGUGCAGCGUCCAUGGCUUAUGCUGCUCUUAAGUGGGUUCAUGGGAUAUUGCCAUUACCCCAAAAUCCUUUAGAUGCUGACAUAUGUCGGAAUAUGGUUGAAGUAGAAAAGAGAAGCAGAACGAGUCCAGUGGUGAAGAAAGAACCAGUUUCUGUGGAAUUGAUUAAAGAUAUUGUUCGGAAGUACGGGCAUAUAGACGCUACACUUAAAGAUUUGAGACUGGCAACUAUGUGUGUUUUAUCAUUCGCAGGAUUGUUCCGCGCAAAAGAACUUCUUAACAUUAGAGUACGGGAUAUCAUGUGGUUUGACGAUCAUUUCGUCAUUAAUGUGCCAGAAAGCAAAAUGGACUUCUAUAGACAAGGUCAGCAAGUGUUUAUAGCAAGAUCCAAUGCUGAAACUUGUCCUGGUGUUUUAAUAAACAGAUACCUCGCGAAGGCGAACAUCUUACUUAAUGACAGUGAGGUUCAUUUAUUUAGGAACCUAGUUUAUUUAAAAUCAGUAGAUAGUUACACUUUAGGAAAGAGAGUCUUGUCCUACACAAGAUUCCGUGAGAAUUUCAAAGAAUGCCUUAAAGAGUCAGGCUAUGAUGAAAAGUUGUACGGAUUGCAUAGUUUCCGUGCUGGUGGUGCAACCACAAUUGCUAAAAGUUUGACGGCUCCUAAUAAAGAGAGAUUGUUAAAACUACAUGAACGGUGGAAAACAGACAUUAGUAAAGACAUGUACAUUAAAGAAGCUAAAGUAGAAAGGCUCAUGGUUCCCAAAGCAUGGGUAUAUGAAUGUAAAUAA